UGAUGGUGGUGAUGGUGGUGGUGAUGGUGGUGAUGGUGGUGAUUGUGAUGGUGACGAUGAUGAUGGUGAUGUUUGCAGCUAAAGACCCGUGUCUGGUGGAUAAUGGCGGCUGCAGUCUGUAUGCGGUCUGUAAAAGGACCCGACCCGGGAAGAGACUGGUCUGUAACAGCGGUUACUCUGGUGAUGGAGUCGUGUGUGUCGAAAUAAAUCCCUGUCUGGAAGGAAACGGCGGCUGCCACUCGGACGCAGAAUGUGUUCAUGUCGGACCAAACAAAACUUCCUGCGUCUGCAGUGAAGGUUACUCAGGUGACGGGCAGAACUGCAUGAUGAUCAACUUGUGUCGAAAGAAAAAUGGCGGCUGUCACGAGUACGCCAGGUGCAACAUGACGGGUCCAGGAGUUCGUACCUGCAGCUGUAUCGGUAACUUUGUGGGAGACGGUCUCGUUUGCAGAGGCACGGUGGGGAAGCAAAUCGUGAGGAGGGGGCUGAGAGACUUUUACCUCGGGCUGAUGAUGGUGGAGGUUUCUCUGAACGGUCGCGGCCCGUUCACCGUCUUCGCUCCGAACACAGACGCCUACGCAGCAGACAAAAACGGUGCCGGCAAGAUGAAACCGUUGUUGUCGGCCAAAUAUAUAGAAAAAGCCGGCGCCGUCCUGCGCAGCCACAUCGUCAUGUGUCACACUCUGGGGCCCGCUGACCUGAGCCGACCUCGGAAUCUGACUUCUCUGUCUGGACUCGUCCUGACGACCAGGUCCACCCAGGACAGCAUCUUCAUCAACCAAGCUACAGUGACGUACAGCGACGGCCCCAGCAUUAACGGGAUCUUUCAUGAGAUCAACAGGAUUCUGUUUCCUCCUACUGAAAAGGAGUCGGAUGUUCCUCUGAACCUGACUGAUGUGGCUGAUCGUCAUGGUUACAAGACCUUCUACAAACUGCUCGAGGACACAGGAGUGAUGAACCUGGUGAAUGAUGGGAUGUACCAGCCGGUGACCGUCUUCUUGCCUUCAGAUGGCGUCAUGGCGUCUCUGCCGCAGGAGCAGAAGGACUUCCUGUUCCACAAAGACAACCGACCACAGCUUGUGGAGUACAUGAAGUACCACAUCCUGCAGGCCCAGAAGAUUUAUGCUGAAGGUUUGAUCCAUCUGGACUCGGCUCGGACUCUGCAGGGUUCACCGCUCUCGUUCAGCUGUGGAGGAACAGACAACAUCGGAGAAAUCUUUGUUAAUGAUGGAAAGUGCCGGAUCGUUCAGAGACACCUCAUCUUUACUGGUGGGAUCGCCUACGGGAUCGACUGCCUGCUGACCCCGCCCAGCCUCGGAGGACGCUGUGAUGAACAGACGACCUUUGACAUUCAGAUGAGCUGUCGACUGUGCUCCUCCUCGACCUCCCGCUGCCCCAAAGAGUCCAAACUAAAGGAGGUUCAGCGCUGCGACCUUCCCACCGCCUACGUCACUAAAAACACCGGCUGCCGCAGCGUCUGCGCCAUCAACUUCUGGCAGCCGAAGUGUUGCCAUGGUUACUAUGGACGAGACUGUUUGGUCUGUCCCGGCGGGGUCGGCUCUCCCUGCAGUAACCGUGGUAAAUGUGACGACGGGCACCUUGGUAACGGUACCUGUACUUGUGAUGCGGGUUUUGAGGGCGUGGCCUGCGAGCUGUGCAGUGCUGGAUUCCACGGAUUCGCCUGUCAAGCCUGUAACUGUUCAGAACACGGGUCAUGUGACGACGGGCGGAAAGGUACAGGCGUGUGUUUCUGUGAGCCCGGUUGGACCGGAGAACGCUGUGAGACCCCGCAGGCUGAAGUCUUUCAGUGUUCUCCGCCAUGUUCUAUAAAAGCCGUGUGCCGAGAAAACAACACCUGUGUGUGUCGGCCAUUUUAUGAGGGAGACGGAUUCACCUGUACAGCGGAAGACAUGUGUCUGUUCUGGAACGGCGGUUGUGCUAAAGGAGCCAGGUGUUCUCAGACAGGAGAAAAGGUGAGCUGCACCUGUCCUAAAGGUCACUCUGGAGACGGGUUCACCUGUCAGCCCAUCGACCCCUGCGUCUCCGGAGACAACGGAGGCUGCCACGAACACGCCACCUGCACCAUGACGGCCCCGGGGAAGAGGAAGUGCACUUGUAAGGACAACUACAUCGGAGACGGACUCACCUGCCAGGUGAAACAGCUGCCAGUCAGCCGCUGUCUCCAAGACAACGGACGAUGUCAUCAAGACGCCAAAUGUACGGACCUCCACUUUGAAGACGCGACGCUCGGUGUGUUUCACUACCGUUCACAUAAAGGUCAGUACAAGCUGAACUACACAGAAGCUCAACAGGCCUGCGCUGCAGAGGGAGGCAGCCUGGCUACCUACACUCAGCUGUCCUACGCUCAGCAGGGUGGGUUGAACAUGUGUGCGGCUGGCUGGCUGGACCAGGCCCGGGUGGCGUACCCCACCACCUACUCCAACCCCCUCUGUGGCUUUGGACACGUGGGCAUUGUGGACUACGGCACCCGCAAAAACCUCAGCGAGACCUGGGACACGUUCUGCUACCGGAUGAAGGAGGUGAAGUGUGAGUGUAAACCCGGUUACCUUGGAGACGGUUUCAGCUGUGUAGGAAACCUGCUGCAGGUCCUCGAAUCCACACCGACCUUCUCCAACUUCCUCACACAAAUCCUGAACUACUCCCAGGUGUCGGAGUCGGGGAAGCAGUUCGUGAAGCGUCUCAGUGACGUGAUGGUCCAGUCCACGCUGUUUGUACCUGACAACAACGGCCUGCCUGCCAACCAGACUCUGUCUCAGCGGGCCAUUGAGUUCCACCUGUCGGAGGGUCAGGCUCUGCUCCUCAGCCAGCUGAAGAACGGCAGUCGGAUCAGAACUCGUGUCGGCAGUCUGACCGUCCUCGGAGUCGCUGACCUGCUCAACCCCUCUGCUCUGUCUUCCCGUUACAUCAACGACCGCUUCAUCACAGAAUCGGACAUCCUGGCUAUAAACGGGAUCAUACAUGUUCUCCAGGGACCUCUGAAAGCCCCGCCUCCUCGCCACGAGAUGCACGCGGCUCAUAAGGCCGGGAUGGGAGUCGGGGUGGUGCUGCUGAUUGUUCUGGUGGCCGGAGUCCUCUUUGUUGGAUACCACUUCUACACCCACAACACUAAGCCCUUCCAGUUCCACUACUUCAAGGAGGAUGAAGGGGAGGAAGACGCUCCACCUGCAGACUGCAGUCGCAGCAUCUCUAACCCGGUUUACGAAGCGGCUCCAGAACCUGCAGAGUCCAAGACAUCUGAUGUCACAGCGGAGGACAAACACGAGGUGGUGAACGGAGGAUCGUACGACCUGCUGCAGGACGGCUGAGGGAGAAACUGCUGCUGCUCACCGCUGGACUGGAACCCUCACAACUGUUUUCAUACCUCUGUGGACUGAAAGUCCUCUGACCAGCUUCAAACGAUGUUCAUCGCAGACUGCGUCCUGAGACCCCAACUGCCUCCCAAAACCAUCCGACUGAUGAGGACUCACUGUAGCACCAGUUCAACGCCGCCUGUCAACCAACACUGAUGAUGCAUUCAUGACACUUCUGUGUUAAAUCCCACUAGUGAAGAUUGCCAACUCUUUUCCUCCUGAUUACAAUAAAAACACUUUUAGUUCCACAAAGUGUCUUAAACCUGCUGCUGACAGAGCUCCUUCAGUUUGGUGUGUUUGACUUUCUUUCUUUCUUUCAACUGCAUUUCUGGUCAGGACAGAUGCGACAUUUAACAUUUUAAACUGAGAUUUUUGUGCAGAUAAUGAAAAACAAAGUGAAGAAUCAUGUAAAAGUGUGAAGUUAAAUAUUGAAUAAACCAUCAAACCAUGUUGAAGAUUCA